CUCGUGCGGUUGUGGCUUAUAACUCCAUCUCGAUCUUCAAAAACCAAAAGAAUAGUUCUCGGAAACGGAAAAUGUGUGAAACUCGGGUGCGUGGCUGCUGGGAAAAGGAAAACUGAUGGAAAACUGUGCCAUCGAGACGGCCAUUCAGCGAAUUGGCACAGUUCCCAUUUAUGAGUGUUAUAUAAAAAUCCAUUAACGACCGACCCAUUUGCAAGCGACCCCGAAACUUGUUCGCCUAUCAAGGACACACAUCUCUUUCACUGGAGAAGAUCGCUUGGCUGUGAGUCACCCAGACAGGCCCAUAAAACGGCAUUGGCAGCGUCUUCUAGUAAAAGUGGAGCAGCAAUAAUAGGAAAUCAACAAAAGCGUUAUAGCCCAUUCCAAUGGAGUGAAGUGAAGUGAGAAUUGUUACCCCCGAACAAGACACUAAGAUGCAGUUGCUGCUGUGGCUGUGCCUGUGCCUCCUGCUCCUCUGCCACCUUGGCCCCGCCCAAGCCAACAUCCUGAACACGCUGCUGGGCGUGCCCGCGGAAUGCGUCCACCAGAGCGGCGUGUGGCCCUGCAAGCUGAGCUUUUCCUGCUGGCUCCAGGGUGGCAAGCAUGCCAAGGGCUGUGGCAGCAACAAGUGGCUCUUCAGCUGCUGCGUGGCCGAUUCGCAGCACCAGCUCCAGAUGCAGCUGCAGCAUCACUCCCCCUCCCCGCUGGCCAACCUGGUGGACUACGGCAAGCUGAAGCUGAGCUUGAACAGCCUGCCCAAGCGCAUCAUGCUGCGCCGACGUGACGACAACGAGCUCCUCGGCCUCAAGCCCGAGUGUGGUUUGCCACGAACGGCGCAAAAUACGCUGCAGAAGCGCAUUAUCGGCGGUCGUCCGGCGCAGUUUGCGGAGUAUCCGUGGCAGGCGCACAUCCGCAUUGCGGAGUAUCAGUGCGGCGGAGUGCUCAUCUCCGCAAACAUGGUGGCCACGGCUGCCCACUGCAUCCAGCAGGCCCAGUUGGCUGACAUUACAGUAUAUCUGGGGGAACUGGACACGCAGGAUCUGGGCCAAAUCCACGAACCGCUGCCCGUGGAGAAGCACAGCGUGCUGCAGAAGAUCAUCCAUCCGCGCUUUAACUUCCGCAUGACCCAGCCGGAUAGAUACGAUUUGGCCCUGCUGAAACUGGCCCAGCCGACGGCCUUCACGGAGCACAUCCUGCCCAUCUGCCUGCCGCAGUACCCCAUCCGCCUGAUUGGCCGGAAGGGUCUGAUCGCCGGAUGGGGCAAGACGGAGGCGCACAUGGGUCACGCGGGCACCAACAUGCUGCAGGUGGCCAGUGUACCCAUCAUAACCACCUUGGACUGCAUUCGCUGGCACGAGAGCAAGCAGAUUAAUGUGGAGAUCAAGGCGGAGAUGUUCUGUGCCGGUCAUUCCGAUGGCCACAUGGAUGCGUGUUUGGGCGAUUCAGGAGGUCCACUGGUGAUCAAGGAGCGUGGACGCUUUGUGCUUGUAGGAAUUACCAGUGCAGGCUUUGGCUGCGGAGUAGAUCAUCAGCCAGGCAUCUAUCACAACAUUCAGAAGACUGUGAGGUGGAUACAGGAAGUGGUGACACGCAACGAGUUAUAGCUGCAGACGACCCUGGAAAUCCCCUCCGAACCUUUGGCAAUGCAACCCAUCUCAUUAGUUUACGGCUCGUAGCAUUAGGCAAUGGCAAUGUGCAAU